CGCUCUGCACCAGAAAGGAGCAUUCUCCUCUCUCCCUCGUUUUCAUAUCCUCUCUCUCUCUCUCUCUCUCUCUCUCUCUCUCUAUCUCUCUCUCUUUUUCUGUCAGUUAGUGUGUCCUCAGAAUGAGGUUAGCAGCACCAGCAGCAGCAUCAGCAGUAGAUAGAGACAGCAGAGGAACAGUUACUGCAGCAGCCAGGAGAGGCUGUCCUUCAGCCGUGCACCAUCUACCGCUGCAUUCACCCCUGCCCUGAGAACGCAACGCUCAUCCCUGUGCUCUCUUUCUGUGCCUCUCCCUGCUCCUCCCUCACCUUCUGUCCUCCUUGAAUUCGUCUCUUGAAUUCACCCCCCACCCCUCUCUCUCUCUUCCUCUCUUUCUCCAUAGCAGUGAUGGGGGAGACCACCAUGUAGAGACAGAGAGGCAGCGGAGGCAACAGCAGAAUAGCAGCAAUGGGAAGCCACACAUGGAGCGGGUCUGGACUGCAGCCGUGGUGAGCCUGAGACUGACAGGACUUGCAUCUACCAUCACUGCCCUUCUCAGGACUUGACCACUGGGGCUGUCCAGUGCUUACCUGGAUGCUCCCCACUUGUGUUUUUUCAUCCCCUCCUCUUCUCCUCCUCUGCUGCUCUCUCUUCUCUUCUUCUUUUUCUUCUCUGAUGGUUUUUUGUCUGCUGAAAUCUGUCUUUCCUGAAACAGAGAAGCUGCUCAUCAAUUUAUCCCCACGGAAUUUUUCCGCUUUUUAAUCCCUGUAUCUGCUUACUUUUCUUUGAAGAGAUUUUUUUUCUCAUUUUGUUGCUGUUGCCUCAUUCACACCUAUUUUGGAUUUUUUUUUCUUGGAAGAGACUGAGCUCUCUUGUGAAAGCUUUUGUUUGAUCUAUAAGCAAUAAGAAACACUAAUCUAACUGACUUAACUAGCUGACAUCAUGGGAGACAUGUCCAACAGCGAUUUUUACGCCAAGAACCAAAGAAAUGAGGGCAACCAUGCAGCAGCCUUUGGCUGCUCGCUCAUGGAGCUGCGCUCGUUGAUGGAGCUGCGUGGAACAGAGGCGGUGGUCAAGCUCCAGGAGGACUACGGGGGAGUAGAAGGACUGUGCAAACGACUGAAAACCUCACCCACAGAAGGUCUUGCAGGUGCCCAAACUGACCUGGACAAGAGGAAAGAAAUAUUUGGUAAAAACCUGAUACCUCCAAAAAAGCCAAAAACCUUCCUGCAGCUGGUAUGGGAGGCCCUGCAGGACGUUACCCUCAUCAUCUUGGAGAUCGCUGCCCUGAUCUCCCUGGGUCUCUCUUUCUACCACCCUCCCGGGGAGACCGGCGGAGAGUCCUGUGGCGCAGCAGCAGGCGGAGUGGAAGAUGAGGGUGAGGCGGAUGCUGGCUGGAUUGAGGGUGCCGCUAUCCUGUUGUCUGUAGUGUGUGUGGUGCUGGUGACGGCCUUCAAUGACUGGUCAAAGGAGAAGCAGUUUCGUGGGCUGCAGAGCCGCAUUGAGCAGGAGCAGAAAUUCCAGGUGGUCCGUGGUAGCCAGGUCAUCCAGCUGCCUGUGGCUGACAUAGUGGUGGGGGAUAUCGCACAGAUCAAAUAUGGUGAUCUGCUUCCUGCUGAUGGAGUGUUGAUCCAGGGUAAUGACCUGAAGAUUGAUGAGUCAUCACUGACCGGAGAGUCUGACCACGUCAAGAAGUCUGCAGAUAAGGACCCAAUGCUGCUGUCUGGGACCCAUGUGAUGGAGGGCUCGGGGCGCAUGGUGGUGACGGCUGUCGGUGUCAACUCUCAGACUGGAAUCAUCUUUACUCUGCUGGGGGCUGGUGUGGAGGAAGAGGAGAAAAAGGAGAAGAAAGGAGGGGCAGUGGAAGACGGACACCAGAAUACAGACUGCUCCCAUCCCCCUAUCCACCCCAUCGCAACUAUAGCCACGGAUGGGGCUGCAGGCAUUAAUGCCCCUGGCAGUGCCAGCCUAAUUAAUGGUAAAAUGCAAGAUGGCAAUAUGGAGAGCAACCAGAUUAAAGUGAAGAAGCAGGAUGGAGCAGCUGCCAUGGAGAUGCAGCCUCUAAAGAGUGCUGAAGGCGGAGAGGCUGACGAGAAAGAGAGGAAGAAAGUGUCAGCUCCGAAGAAAGAGAAGUCUGUGCUGCAAGGGAAGCUGACCAAACUGGCUGUCCAGAUUGGCAAAGCAGGUUUGCUCAUGUCGGCCAUUACAGUCAUCAUCCUGGUCCUGUACUUUGCCAUUGACAACUUUGUGAUGCAGAAGCGCCCUUGGAUGCCUGAGUGCACUCCUAUCUACAUCCAGUACUUUGUCAAGUUCUUCAUCAUUGGUGUAACUGUUUUGGUGGUGGCUGUCCCAGAGGGACUGCCGCUGGCUGUCACCAUCUCCUUGGCUUAUUCUGUUAAGAAAAUGAUGAAAGACAACAACCUGGUGCGUCACUUGGAUGCAUGUGAAACAAUGGGCAACGCUACAGCCAUCUGUUCUGACAAGACAGGCACGCUAACCACCAACCGCAUGACAGCUGUGCAGUUAUACGUUGGUGAUGUACAUUACAAAGAGAUACCAGAUCCUGGAGUCCUGCCACCCAAGUCAUUGGAUUUACUUGUCAAUGCCAUCUCAAUUAACAGCGCCUAUACCACAAAGAUACUGCCCCCAGAUAAGGAAGGCGGUCUGCCGAAGCAGGUGGGCAACAAGACAGAGUGUGGCCUGCUGGGACUAGUGUUGGAACUGAAGCGGGAUUACCAGCCAAUAAGAAACCAGAUCCCAGAGGAGAAGCUUUACAAAGUCUAUACCUUCAACUCUGUCAGGAAGUCGAUGAGCACUGUCAUAAAGCUGCCUGACGGUAGCUUCCGGAUGUACAGCAAGGGAGCCUCUGAGAUUGUACUCAAAAAAUGCAGCCAUAUCCUAAACGAGGUGGGUGAGCCAAGGGUUUUCCGUCCACGAGACAAGGAUGAGAUGGUGAAGAAAGUGAUUGAGCCCAUGGCGUGUGAUGGCUUGAGGACCAUCUGUGUGGCGUAUCGUGACUUUUCCAGCAAUCCUGAGCCCAACUGGGAUGAUGAGAACAACAUCCUGAAUGACCUCACAGCCAUCUGUGUUGUCGGAAUAGAGGACCCCGUCAGGCCAGAGGUCCCUGAUGCCAUUCAGAAGUGCCAGCGUGCAGGCAUCACAGUGCGUAUGGUGACAGGAGACAAUAUAAACACAGCCCGAGCCAUAGCCAUCAAGUGUGGUAUCAUCCACCCAGGAGAGGACUUCCUGUGCAUCGAUGGCAAAGAGUUCAACAGGAGGAUCCGCAAUGAGAAAGGAGAGGUGGAACAGGAGCGUAUCGAUAAGGUUUGGCCUAAACUCCGAGUGCUGGCUAGAUCAUCCCCAACCGACAAACACACACUCGUCAAAGGCAUUAUUGACAGCACUAUGGCAGACCAGAGGCAGGUGGUGGCUGUGACUGGAGAUGGGACCAAUGAUGGGCCUGCUCUAAAGAAAGCUGACGUUGGAUUUGCCAUGGGUAUUGCUGGUACAGAUGUGGCCAAGGAAGCAUCAGAUAUCAUUCUCACCGACGACAACUUCAGCAGCAUCGUGAAAGCAGUUAUGUGGGGACGAAAUGUCUACGACAGCAUCUCCAAGUUUCUUCAGUUCCAGCUCACUGUCAAUGUUGUGGCUGUCAUUGUGGCUUUCACUGGUGCCUGCAUCACACAGGACUCUCCUUUGAAAGCAGUGCAGAUGUUGUGGGUGAACCUUAUCAUGGAUACUUUUGCAUCCCUGGCUCUGGCGACAGAGCCUCCCACGGAGUCUCUGCUUAAGAGGAAGCCAUACGGUCGCAAUAAGCCUCUCAUCUCCAGCACCAUGACAAAGAACAUCUUAGGACAUGGAGUCUAUCAGCUCAUUAUCAUCUUCACACUGCUCUUUGUUGGUGAGCAGAUCUUUGACAUCGACAGUGGCCGCAAUGCUCCUCUCCACUCUCCACCCUCUGAGCACUACACCAUCAUCUUUAACACCUUUGUCAUGAUGCAGCUGUUUAAUGAGAUAAAUGCCCGCAAAAUCCACGGAGAGAGGAAUGUUUUUGACGGUAUCUUCAGGAACCCCAUCUUCUGCUCGAUUGUUUUUGGCACGUUUGCUGUGCAGAUCGUGAUUGUGCAGUUUGGAGGGAAGCCAUUCAGCUGUCAACCUCUAGACUUGGAAAAGUGGAUGUGGUGUGUUUUCCUCGGGCUGGGGGAGCUUGUGUGGGGACAGGUGAUAGCCACCAUACCCAAUAGCAGACUGCGCUUCCUGCGGCGGGCAGGGCAGUUAACUCAGAAAGAUGAGCUGCCAGAGGAGGAUGUUAAUGAAGAAAAUGAGGAGAUCGACCACGCAGAGAGGGAGCUGAGGAGAGGACAGAUCCUCUGGUUCAGAGGACUCAACCGCAUUCAGACUCAGAUUGAAGUAGUCAACACCUUCAAGAGUGGCACCUCCUUUCAGGGGGCAGGGGCUCUGAGACGCCAAUCAUCCACCACCAGCCAGACCCAGGAUAUCCGAGUUGUGAAUGCAUUCCGUAGCUCCCUGUAUGAAGGCCUGGAAAAACCAGACUCCAGAACAUCCAUCCACAACUUCAUGACACACCCUGAGUUUAGGAUAGAAGACUCCACGCCCAACAUCCCCCUUAUUGAUGACACGGACGAUGAUUCUGCUCGUAGAAGGAUGAAGUACUCAAGCCAGCCCUCGUCCCCUAACAAGAACAACAACGCUAUUGACAGUGGCAUUAAUCUCACUAUCGAUACCAGUAAAUCAGCUGCGUCCUCCAGCCCUGCCAGUCCCCUGCACAGCUUGGAGACAAGCCUCUAACCCUGAUCCUAAACUCAGCUCUAACCUCUAAUGUUGUUUCCUCACAUUUUGGGGACACCUCCUCCAAUUCCUCCAGACCUUUAACUGUAACCAUACAAGUCUUCACCCCCAAAUUUUCACCCAAUUCUCAACUUCGAGCUCCCCCAAACCGCUACCUACCGGCGACACAGUCCUGGGGGAAAAUGUCCACCAUUUUCCCUUAGCCUAGAGCCCUUGAAGCGCUCUGCUCCUUUCAAAGCAGAGAAAAUCUAAGUAAUAUGUCAAGGUGAAAAGAAAAAACAAACUAGCAUACAAUCAAAAAAGCGCAACAAAGCCACAAAACCUACACAGCCAUCUUGCUUUUGUGGUUGUAUGAGUACGGCGGCAGUCACGGUGGCGUGUACGACAAUACACUUGUACUGGUUAGCAUGUACUGUAUAAGCGUGGGUCUGACUGCACAUAUGUACGAACGGUGUCUUUAGCGGCACUGGGAGGAGGACGAUGAGGAGGGAGACUGCUGAGGAGUAAAAAUCACACAAGAGGACAGACUUUAAAUUCUGCUCACUCUUCCUCUCCUCAACGAAAAACAUUGUUAAUACUGAUAAUAGUUUAAAUUAAAUUGAAAAAUAUUGUUAUUAUUCUAAUUCUGAUUCUGAUUAUUAUUGUUCUUAUUAUUGUUGCUCCUGCAUGAAUGUACAUUACCCAGGUUUUAUUUAAAAGGCUUUUAAUUUUAUUGGAUUUCUUUGGUUCUGAUGGGCUAGGCCUCACUGUGGACUGCGAUUUUAAAGACAGCAUCUCUGAGUUUCUGGCCUGCAAAGUCCCCUCUUCUGUGUGGCAUGAACAUGUACCCAACUGUACAAAUUUAUUUCAUCCAUAAAAGGAAAUGUGUAUCGAGGUGGUAGGGCUCAACUUGCACAACAGUUUUGCACCUGUCCGUAAAGAGGAACGCAAAAUAAUAAUAAUGAUGAUAGCAUUUAUGGGAUAUAUUCUAUAAAUUUAAAUACAUAUAAAUAUAUUUAGAGAGAGUUUAUCUUUGUUUGUUGGCAUGUUGCCUUGUUCCUGCUUCAAUGGCUCCAAUACCUUUGACUUAUUUAUGUCUUAAAGAGAAUGUAAUUUGUUUACAACCUCGUAGAGAUAAACUUCCUGGUUUCUAGAAGGAGGGAGGCGAAGUCGAAGCUCAGAUGGACCAGAGCUGUUUCGGUGUGUUAUUACUGAAAAACCCUGUGCUGGAAUUUGCCUGCUGUCUUGUCAAAUAAUGUAGAUAUUUUUAGAGGUUUAACAACAAAAAGAAACCAAAAUAUAAUGGGAUACAUAGUAAUUGUGGAAUCUUAGUAUUACUCUAUAUGAUUGUUGGGAUCAAGUUGGAGUGGCUUGCCUUUGGUU